AUGAAUUUAAAAUAUGAACAAGAACAUCACGAAGCUAAUUUCCGCUAUGAACUAGCUCGACUUCGCGAUCAUGUCGAAUCGGUGGCGUUGUAUCAUGGUGAACUACAUGAACAUGCAUCUUUAACUGCAUUGUUCUCUGCGGUAAUGUCAAACUUUCGCGAGAUCAUGCGUUGUUCACUGAACCUCGAUUGGUUCUCGCAUUCGUUUAGUCACAUAUCAGAUAUUUUUCCGUACUUGAUUGCUUCGACUCGCUACUUCUCAAAAGAGAUUACUCUUGGUGAUCUAACACAAAUCGGAUCUUCUUUUACACGUGUACAAACAUCGCUUUCGUUUGUGGCCAAAUCUUAUGCUAUAAUUGCACAGUGGAGAGCAGAGACAAAACGACUCAUAGAUUUAGCGAAUAUUUUACAAGACUUACAUGAAGCAAAGCGAAAUUCUAAAAUCAAAAUUGUCCAUAAAUUGAAAGAGCAGAAUAUUCGAAUAGAAGGAUUGACCGCAAAAUUACCGUUGAGCAUCAAUGCUAACUCUCCACAAAUACUCAUUGCAAAUUUCAGCUGGAUAUUCGAACCAUUUCAAACUGUACUUAUUACAGGUCCAUCCGGUUGUGGAAAAUCGACUCUACUUCGAAUAAUUGCUGGGAUUUGGCCGUACGGUCAUGGAACAAUCACUAAGCCCCUGAGCGACACAAUCGAAUUUAUUCCUCAGAAGCCUUAUUGUCCACUUGGAACUCUUCGUCAUUGUUUUACUUAUCCAUCGACGACGCUGCGGACAUCAAAAGACGAUGCAAAUAUCAAGCGCAUAUUGCGUCUUUGUCAACUCGAAUCUCUAUCAAACCGCCUAGGUGAUAUUGAAGAUUGGUCUCUCAUAUUGUCAUCGGGCGAACAGCAGAAAAUGAUUUUCGUUCGAAUUCUUCUUCAUCAACCGAAAUGGAUCUUUUUAGAUGAAGUAACAUCAUCGUUAGAUGAACGAUCUGAAACACAUCUAUAUUCGACUUUACUUCAAGAACUCGGUUCGCAUUCAACCAUCAUCAGUGUUGGACAUCGAAAAAAUCUGCAACAAUUUCAUCGAAUUCAAUUGGAAUAUACUGACGGACAAUUCACACGUGUUAAUUCGCUCAUUGAAACUCAUUAG